CAUCAUUGCAGUCAGUGUCGAAAACCAACGGUUGAUACUGUCGUCUUGCCGAUCGAGGAAGACGAAACGUUUUUCAGUUAAUCACGCCGCCGAGAACCCUGCAAAAUGGCAGGUGCCAUAGUGCGUUGUUUUCAGGUGCCGAGGAGACAGUUGGGUCUCCUCGGAUCGAGCUUGAACGGUCAGCAGAGAACGCUCGCCGAUGCCGCCCCGGAAGGAAAGAAAAAAGGAGGCCCCCUGGCUGAUCAGGAUCGCAUCUUCACGAAUCUGUACGGCAGACAUGACUGGCGGCUGAAGGGUGCCAUGAGCCGCGGCGACUGGUACAAGACUAAGGAGAUAAUAGAAAAGGGUGCUGAUUGGAUCAUCAAUGAAAUCAAAGUUUCUGGUCUGAGGGGUCGCGGUGGUGCCGGCUUUCCCUCCGGGAUGAAAUGGUCCUUCAUGAAUAAGCCAUCCGACGGCCGGCCCAAGUACCUGGUGGUCAACGGCGACGAGGGCGAACCAGGAACUUGCAAGGAUCGCGAGAUCCUGCGCCACGAUCCGCACAAGCUCGUGGAGGGCUGCUUGAUCGCUGGUCGCGCUAUGGGAGCCUGCGCCGCUUACAUCUACAUACGCGGUGAAUUUUAUAACGAGGCAUCCAACACGCAGGUCGCCAUAGCCGAGGCUUACCAGGCUGGUCUGAUCGGAAAGAAUGCCUGCAACUCUGGCUAUGAUUUCGACAUCUUCGUGCAACGUGGAGCGGGCGCGUACAUCUGUGGCGAGGAGACCGCUCUUAUUGAAUCUAUCGAGGGGAAACAGGGAAAACCAAGGCUGAAACCGCCAUUCCCAGCCGACGUCGGCGUGUUCGGAUGCCCCACGACCGUCACCAACGUCGAGACCGUAGCAGUGGCACCUACGAUCUGUCGCCGAAGUGGAGCGUGGUUCGCCUCGUUUGGACGUCCACGUAACACCGGAACCAAGCUAUACAACAUCUCCGGGCACGUGAACAAUCCGUGUACCGUUGAGGAAGAAAUGUCUAUCCCUCUGGAAAUGUCUAUCCCUCUGAAGGAACUAAUCGAGAGGCACGCAGGAGGUGUAAUCGGAGGGUGGGACAAUUUGUUAGGCGUCAUUCCCGGUGGCUCUUCGACUCCCGUCAUUCCUAAGAGUGUGUGCGACACCGUUCUGCUGGACUUCGAUGAUCUCAUCAGGGUGCAGAGCUCGUUCGGCACGGCCGCAGUGAUCGUGAUGAAUAAGCAGACGGACAUAAUCAAAGCUAUCACCCGCUUGAUGAGUUUCUACAAGCACGAAUCCUGCGGUCAGUGCACGCCUUGUCGCGAGGGUAUCAGUUGGAUGCAUAAAAUACUAAAAAGAUUUGUGGAAGGUAAUGCCGAAGUGCAUGAGAUAGAUAUGCUAUGGGAGCUUACGAAACAAAUAGAAUUGCACACGAUAUGCGCCUUGGCGGACGGCGCCGCGUGGCCCGUGCAAGGUCUAAUCAGGCAUUUCAGGCCGGAAAUCGAGGCGCGCAUGAAGGAGCAGAAACGAGCGACGUCGAAAAGCUGAGAGAUCGAGCGAGCUAGAACCAGAAUGGAAGAUUAGAUAGAAUAUAUAAUAACGGAAGGAGAUACUUAGAGCAAUCCCUGUAAGGUUUUGUAUUUAUUUUCAGUGUAUAUAAAUGAAUCUAAACGCGAUAGUCAUGAUUUUCCUGUAAUAAUAUUUUUCGAACCCGGGCUGACAUCCAUCCCGAAGGUUCGAUUAAUAAAAGAAACACAAGAAAAAAAA